AUGGUCACAGUGCGAACGUUUCUUGCCGUUGCAGCUGCAAAGGGUUGGGAAUUACAUCAAAUGGAUGUACAUAAUGCCUUCUUACACGCUCAACACAUUCAACUCAAUGUUCUUGUCUAUGUUGAUGAUCUAAUUAUAUCUGGAAAUGAUGGAACGACUGUGCAACAGUUCAAAGAUUAUUUGAGUCGGCGUUUUCAUAUGAAGGAUCUAGGAAAAUUAAAAUAUUUUUUGGGGAUUGAAGUUGUGAGAAACUCAGAUGGUAUCUUCUUAUGUCAACGCAAGUAUACACUGGACAUCAUCUUUGAGGCUGGGCUACUGGGAGCCAAGCCGGUUGGGACUCCUCUUGAACAAAACCAUAAAUUAGCACUUGCUGGGAAUUCUGAUUUACGUGAUCCUGGACAAUACAGACGCCUGGUGGGUCGGCUCAUCUACCUAACGAUUACCCGACCAGAACUGUCUUAUUGUGUGCAUAUGCUUGCUCAGUUCAUGCAGCAACCAAAGGAUGAACAUUGGGAAGCAGCUUUGAGAGUUGUUCGAUAUUUGAAAGGCAAUCCGGGACAAGAUUGGGCCAAUUGUUCUUUAACACGAAGAUCUUUAACUGGUUAUUUUAUUUUUUGGGUAAUUCGCCAAUCUCUUGGAAGACCAAGAAGCAACAUACGGUGUCUUGCUCUUCGGCUGAAGCGGAAUAUAGUUCCAUGGCAACCACAACUUGUGAAUUGA